UCUCCCUGCUCCCCACUCGCCUGCCUCGGCAUGCCCCGCUCGCGCCAUCGCAAGCCCGAGCGUCCGCCGCCGUCGGCGCCCGGCGCGCCGCUGGCCGUGACGGGCAAGGCGCGCAAUGCGCUCAAGAAUGCCCUCUAUGCGCAUCCCUUGCCCCUCGACGCGCCGGCGCCCAGCAGCGGCGGCGCAACGCAGGCCAAGGCCGCAGCCGCACAGCAGCAGCAGCAAGGGUGGGCAGAGUGGCUGCGCUCUCUGGUUCCCUUUGCGCGCACGCAACAAGAGCAGCGUCUGCCCGUCGUCCUGGGCACCUGGGACCCCUUGACGCGCUGCGUCUGGCUGCAAAUCACGCCCUCCGCCGCUGCGCCCGCCGCCGCGGGCCCCUCGUCGCGGCCCGCCAAUGCCGCGGCACAGAGCGCGGCCGUGCGCCUGCUGUGGGAGCGCGGCUUCUUUGGCAAGGGCAGCCUGAGCCGCAGCGAGCCGACGUGGCGCGACCGCAAGGCCAAUGCCAUUCGCGUGCAGCGCGCGAGGGAGAGAGGCGGCAAUGUCUUCACGCCCGAAGAACUCACCGCCCAACGCCGCCGGGAGCGCAAGGCGGCCAAGAUUGCACGCGCGCGCCUGGCCGUGCGCGCAGGCACGCAGCUGGCCGACGGCAUCGUCGCGCUCGGCGGCGAGCUGACGGCCGAGGAUGAAAAGGCGCUCGAGGAGAUUGCCGAGCGGGAGCUGGUGCAGGAGGAUGAGGCGGGAGCGGGAGCAACGACGGAGCAGACAGAGAGCGGAUAUGGCAAACACAUCCCGGGCUUGAUCUACUUGAGACCUCAGCGAGAGGCGCAAGCCACCGAGCAGGCGCCACGCGUCAGUGCGGCAGGCGAGGAGGGAGCAUUGGAGGAGGAGGAGGAAGAGGUGCAGAUUGAAGAGGUGGAAGUGCUGCAGCUCAGCAGCUUCGAGGUGCUCUUCCUCGCGGGCAUGCUCGGCGUGCUGGAGGUGGAUGAUGAGCAUGGCAAUCGACUGUCCCUCAGCACUCUCUACGCCCUCCUCCUCUCCUCCUCUCUGCCUCCUUCCCUCUCCUCUGCCCUCCUCGCUACUCCCUCUCCUUCCGAGCUGCAGGCAUCUCAAGCGCAGUGGGCACGACCCGACAAUCCCUUCCUGCUGCAAUACGUCGCCUACCACCACUUCCGCUCGCUGGGAUGGGUCGUCAAGUCCGGCUUGAAGUUCUGCAUCGAUUUCUUGCUGUACAAGAGAGGCCCGGUGUUCAGUCAUGCCGAAUUCGCAGUGCUUGUCAUUCCGGAGUACGAGAAUCCCGACGACAAGCUCUCGAGUCCUUUCCCGCCCGGUCCAAACGACGGCGAGAAAGACUGGGUGUGGUUCAGCACGAUGAACCGCGUCAAUACGCAGGUGCUCAAGACACUUGUGCUAUGCUACGUCAGCAUCCCGCCGCUCGCGCGCAUGCAGCUGCAGAGCUUGAGCUCGCCGGAAGCAUUCGUGCAGGGCCUCAAGAGAGGGGACACGUACAGUGUGCGGGAAGUGACGAUCCGAAGAUGGACGCCGGCGCGUAUGCGGGCAUAGAACGUCAAUGGGACAUGAGUUGCGCAGACG